UCGCGACGGGUGUUCAGUUUACAGGCGACAGCCGUACCGUACGGUUCGCUCGCGUGCCGUCUCGCGCUCUAUCUUCCAUACGAUCGUUCUCCUAAUCGGUCAAAGUUUUUUAAUCGAUCUGACAGUGCACUCGCGUUUAUCAGCAUCGUGUCAAUUUUACAGAAAAAUUACACCGAACGAUAAGCAAGUUUUUAACGAACGAGUAAACAAAUUAUGAUUACGUGUUGUAUCAAUGGUCGAGUUAAUCGCGUGUGACUCACGAGCACAACGCAAGUUGUAAGUGCGUUUAUCUUCUACGGUAUACAAAUAUAACCCUGACAGCGUACGUACACAAAGUUGUCGUGUUUGAACUCACUUACCAACGGACGUUGCUCCUUACGUGACAUAAACAAACGAAGACUCGGGGGGGCGUCUUUGGAGUAGUAGAACUCUGUCGGCGACUUCACGGCGCAAACAGUCCUCGAACCCGUUUCGCUGCUGCCGGUCAUCGUAUCGGUGAACGGUAACAAACUGAGACCACGAUUAAAGGAUUUUAAUCCGUCGUUCGAGUGAGUGAGAGUGAGGAAAGUGUGUAAACAGGGAGAAAAAGUGAUAAGAGAGAAGCCUUUCUACCUACCCACUUUUUUUUUCUUUUUUAACGACCAAGAUAUCUCGUUAAGAUUUUUCUGCCACUUGUACACCACUGGUCGAGGAGCUCGCCGACUAUUAAAACUGGCAGCAACUUCAAGGCACUUCGUACACCAAGUGAUGUAUUGAGAGAACACUAGAGGUCGAAGAUGAAGACAGUAAUCGCUUCGUGUUUCCUCCUGUUGGUCAGCGGUGUCUUCUGUGUGGAAUGGAAACACAGCGCCGUGCUGGACGAUAAUUUCCUGGUCCUUUGGACACCUGGCGAGAGGGAUAUUAUAUUCGAGGUUCAAGUGAAAACACUGGGCUACGUGGGACUCGGUUUCACCAAGGACGAUGGAAAAUUCGGUGCUGACAUGGUCAUCGGCUGGGUCGACAACAAUGGACAGCUGCAUCUUCAGGAUCGUCACGUAAAGGAGACCAGCAAAAAUCCGCAGAUGGACCUGAGCCAAGAUUAUUGCCUGCUACUGGGUUUCGAGAACAAGACGCACACGGUUCUUCGUUUCAGCAGGCGAUACGAUACGUGCGACUCACGGGACCUGAAGAUCACGAACGACACGGUGCAAGUGGUUUGGCAAUAUCACAUGGAGGAACCAGUGUCAGCGGCCGGUGUUCUGCCGGACGAAGGAACCGUGCAUCGUGGAUCCAGGCCGCUUUAUCUGGUGCAAAGGGACGCGGAACCGAGGCCCAGCUCGCGCAACCAAGAAGCUGAACCUCCUCUUCAAACGUGGGACAUAUUGAACCAGCAGGUACGUUUACCAGAGAAACAGGACACGUUGCUUUGGUGUCGCGUUCUCCAGAUGCCAAACAUUGAUCAGAAGCAUCACGUCGUGAAGUACGAGCCGGUGAUACAACCCGGAAGUCAGAAGUACCUGCAUCACAUGACUUUGUACGAGUGUCGCGGGGAUCAGGCGCAAUUGGAAUCCGCCUCGAAGUCGUCCGGCAGCGUUUGCUAUCAGUCCAAUCAGCCGUCCCUUCAGUGCACCACAAUCGCGGCUAUCUGGAGUCUCGGUUCCGAGGGCUUCAAUUACCCGCCGGAGGCUGGUUACGCACUCGACCCACGCUCGGGUCCUCAUUUCUACAUGCUGGAAACGUUGUACACGAAUUCGCAGAUGGACACGUUCAUCAGCGACAGCUCCGGCUUGCGUUUGCAUUAUACGGAUCGGUUGCGUACCCACGACGCAGGUAUCCUUAGCGUCGGCAUCGACCCGAACUGGAGGCACAUCAUACCACCCGGGCAGCCUGAAGUGGUCUCCGAAGGUCAUUGCAUCUCCGACUGUACCGGACAGACCAUUCCCAACAACGGCAUCAACAUAUUCGCCGUCAUCAUGCAUACUCAUCAACUCGGCAGGAAGGUCCGAUUGCGUCAGAUAAGGUCCGGCGAGGAACUGCCACCCAUUGCAUCUGACACCAAUUACAAUCCUAGUUAUCAGGAGUAUCGGAAGCUGCAGAAGCCCGUCAGGGUCUAUCCGGGCGAUCAUCUGGUAGCGGAGUGCACGUACUCGUCCGAGUCUCGUGAAGCAAUCACGCUCGGUGGUCUAACCACCAGGGAAGAAACAUGCUUGGUGUCCACUCUUUAUUAUCCACGCAUCGAACUGUCAGUCUGCUACUCUCUGCCCUCGUUGCCAACGGUUCUACAAAGUUUAGGAGUCCAAAAGCUGAUACAGGGUUCCAGUCCAGUGGAAAUUCAAGAACCGGCCGAGCUGAGCGGUAUGACAUUGGAGGAGCGUCUAGUGAGCUACGACUGGAAGACCAGUUUCAAGAGUUUCCAAGACGCUACUCGAACAGGUACGUUCAAACCGCUUUGUUGGACCAGCGAGGGAGCGUUGCAGGGCACUGACAUCCUGGAGGUCCGUUAUCCGAGGAUCCUGAGGCCGUACAAAGAGGUCACUUUGCCUUGCUUGAAGAAACCGUCUAGGAACAAGUUGUCGAUGUUGGACAUUGGCACACCGGCCGAUCCUGACAGUGACGAGACGAACGCGGUGGAACGCGGACAAUUGGUGCGUAGCAAAGUGUCCCGCAGCAGUGACGGACCAACCGGCGGAAGUUCCUCGACCAGAUCGCCAGCGGUGGUACUGAUUCUUGGGAUACUGCUGGCAAUAGUCGGCGGCGCGUUCAGGUGAACGCUGGCCGGUCGUUAGGAGGCCGAUCGAUCUGUCGAUCGAUCGAUUCCAGUUAUCUAGGACGGCCGAUUUAUCCUGUUGUUGGUCGCGCUGGAUCCGGGGAGCAGACGCAUGUAAGUACAUACUUGUCCCGUGUGUACCCUAUGACGCGUCACUUAGGCUAAAUAACAAUCGUCGUAUUUUCAUUGAUCGUUGAGAGAGGACAGAAAUAGAUGCCGGAAUUCCGUUCAGUUACCGAACGAUCGUUGUGCAAUUUUAAACCGCCGUAUUAUCGACGGGUGAUGGAUGGAACGCGAGCGUCCUGGGAGAGAGACAUAUUUUUGAUGGGUUGCGUAGAACGAAUGAAACUCUCAGGCGACGAUGGGUCGCGCAGAGAACUGCCAAAUAUAUUUUCUCGAUAAGGUGCGUCCAUUCGAGGGAAUUCGGAUCUACGCUGUCCUCAUUCAAGGAUCGAGAACAUCUCUUUUUUCGCGAUCUCUGCUCGUGUACUAUUGUUACGAUGUAUCGCGUGCCCGCGCAGGACUCACCUUGGAUAUCAUUCGGUUUCGAGCACGUCGGGUAUUACGUUCUUCGGGUUAAUUAGAUCGCUACGCAACCUUCUAGUCUUAUUUCGAACUCACUUGACAUUUUCAGCUGAAAAAAGAACGACAAAGUUCUUUGGUGCUCCUUCUCUUUUAAUAAUUAACAAACCCCGAACGAAAGAUAUCCAUGGGAAAUGAAACUAGGUCCUGUCGAUCGGGCGAAAUUAUUUUCAAGCUUCUGGACUCGAAAGAAUUUAUAUUGUUGGCUGUUUAUUUAGCAGGCUGAGAAUUGAGCGCAACGAACGCGUUCCAUCGCUCUUCUUCAAAAGUAAAAGUAUAACGAAAGAUUCCGAUCUUUCGACUCUAUAAGUGUAAUCUCAUCCAAAAUGCACAGUUGUUCGUGUCGAUCGAGCUGUUGGAACGCGUCUCGCUCACUUUCCGCCGGUAUUUGUAUAUUCUGUUAUUAUUAGAGCUACGAAUAGAUGCGUUUUCUAACGAGAAGAGCAUAUAAACGUUGGUUGAUUCGCACGCGAGGCCAAGCUACCCGUUUUCAGCUUCGCCGUGUCACUCGACCAAUGUUUGUAUGCGAGCAACCAGGACGGUCCUUUGUAAUAUUCUGUACAGUUUAUUAAGUGUAACGCGUUGUUCGUGCGGCCGUGCCGCGUCGGCCACGGUCGACGUUUAUUUAUUUUUUUAUUUAAUUGUACAGAGAGCGAAUUUACUUGACGCGUCGACACAGUACGUUCGUCUCCUCAAAAUAGGCGAGUAGGCCGCUUUACGUUUCGCGCGAGUCACGUUCGCGAAGUGCACGUUCGGUUUCUUGAUGCAUGCUUCGCCGCUUACUACGGGGGACACUUGUCGUUGCGACGCUCGUCGACACAACCAGCCGCGAUUCUAUCGAUUUAUACGCGAUCCAUCCUACCAGCAAAAGAUAUACGUGCUUCCGUUUCGACGCGUACCGAUUUAAAGGGGUGCUUGUUAGGUUCGUUGAAUGUAAUCGUUAUCAACCGAUCGUUAUAUAUUUGUAUCCUUCGAAGCAUCGUAAUGUAAUGGAAAGGGAUUGUUCAAUGAAGGAAACGCGCGGGAAUAAACGAUAAACCAAUCUGAAAGCGAUCCACGGAUCGGUGAUUGUUUCCCGUUAGAUCGUCUGAAAUUUUUAAAGUUAUUUUCCCUCGGUACACUGUUUCUCUCACCUGUUCGCUCGGGGAAUAAAAGCGAUCCGCGAGUAAUUUAUUCGACGUUCUUUCUUCUCUCGCGCUUUUAAUUAAACCGAAUUCGAUAAUUGAAACUCGCGAUGCCCGGUUUAAUUUGAUUCCAUUCUUGACUCGCGUUAAUUUAUCCGCGCUCGACACUCCGUGCGUUCGGUUAAGUCUUCGAAGCACCACUUUAAUUAUUGAAAAGAAGAGAACGAGAGAAAGAGAGAGCGAGCGAGCGAGUGAGUGAGGGGUUGAAUGAUUGGGGUAGGAAAUAAGAAAAGAGAAGAAGGAAGAAAAAAAAAAAAAAUUAUAUGCAUGAUGGCGUGCAACGAUAAGGACUUACGCCAGAGCACCGCGAUCGAUAGAGGCACGUUGUAGUCAAGAGUCCCCUAACGCGCACACUUUUCCUGAAUUCCAUUAGCAUCGAGGAAAAUGCAGCUUUCGUGGACAAAGAGACGAGAAUCGAAGAGAGCCUUGCAAACGAGCGUCUUAUCGAAAUUUCACGGGAGAGGGGGAGGGAGAAGGAGAAGGAGUACGCGUUUCGAUUUGCAUGUACGUUUUACUUUUUCCCUUCUCGGUCGUCAAUUAAAAUCCACGCCAUUCCGUUCGAUCGCGUUCUCCUGUUCGAUGUUUAGAAAGCGAAGAAAAAACACCGUUGCUCGGCUAACGACGACCGACUGUCGAUGAUUAAAAUGCUCUCUCUCCCUAGCGUAGAAAUAAAAUCUCACUAAAAAAAGUAGUCGACUAAUCGGUAAACAAUAACGCGUAGCAACGUUUUACAAUUUAAUACUACGGUAAAUUCGUAAAUGUCUCUAAUAGGGGAUCUGUGUGUGUGUAUGUGUAGAGAUCGUAGGGCAGUCGAGCGAUACUCUGUUACCUCGAGGAGAAAAAGCUAUAUUUUAGACGCUGGAAGAUCCGUUCCCUUUUCCGAUCAUCAUCCGUACUUGUCGAGUCGAGUUACUGCCGCGAUACUGCCAAUCGUCGCUUCGUUAAUAAUCGAUCGUUCCGAUACGCGAUUACCUGUUUUCCGUUACGUUUGUCCAAUUUUUUAUUUUUAUUUUCGUUCAUCUCGAGCUACAUACAUGCAUAGAGGUACAUGGAACCAUCGAGUCAGCGCAAAAGACACGUUCACGCAUACGCAAAGAAAAAAGAAAAGUAAAACUAACAAGAACAGAUGUAUACACGUAAAGGAGACAGGAAAGAAGAAAUUUUUGUCCGAGAGUUGUAUCUCGUCGACGAUGAUCGUCGUCGAUACAGACCGAUGAUACGCGCGAUGAGCGAUGAAGCAACCGACCCGACCGACGCGACGGCUCUGAAGCGUGGAAAAACAGAAACAAGAGGAGGAACGAUUCGAGAAACGCUCGAACGAGAACCGCUGCUUUCUUUCCCUCGAAUUUCUUCGCCGCGUGUUGUACGUAACGUACGAUCCGUCACGGGAUAAGCGAUGAUUUAUCAUCGGCGAAGAAACUCGUUAGAAUCGGCCGUGCGAGAGAGGCAAACAGGAAGUCGUGUACCGUAACUUCUUCCGCGCUGCGAUGUCGACGCUGAUUUCAGUUACGACGCGACGCGACGCGACGCUCGUUCGUUGACGCCGAUGUCAACCUGAGGUUGCGACAGGGUGCUGCGGGCUGUAAAGGGGAGGCUUUAGGGGUGGAUUCGAACUGCCGGUGAUAUGACCAGAACAAUCAAGCAAAGUGUCACAAGUAAAUGUCAUUUAUGCUGGAAUAAUUAUGUUAGAUACAUAGGGAACGAUAUUACGCAAUUUAUACUCCAAUGAUCUUGCAUCGUGUGUACGUUAGCUGGUUCGUUGUCUCGCCGGAAACUCCUGGCACCCAUCGGGCUUUCGAUAACGAGGAACGAUUAGAGAUCGGUCGAACGACUUUCCGUACGUUUCGAUGCCUUUCGCGAGGUAUCGUAUCGAUACAAUGUCCGAGAUACGUGCGGGCAAACGAACGAAGCGUGCGGUACCUGAGAAUCGAGAGCUUCGAGGCAGAACGGCAGCGUCGAAACCUAGGAAAUGUUGAUCGAUCUCUCGAUCGAAUCGAGUCUAUUCAAUGACGCGUGUCCGUGGCUAUUCGAGAGACAGCGAAAUCGAUAUUACGAUGGAAAUUCGAUGACGGGUAAGCGUGAAUGAAGGGUGUUGCGUUCGACGAAAACACGAACGGUGCCAGGAGAUCGGGAUUGUAUGUACUGUAUGUAGAAUAAAGAUUAGUGAACGUCGGGAACGAUGCCCGUGAACUACCAUGUAACGUAACAAUGAAAUGGUAGAAACACGUCGAUCGUGCAAGCGAAUGGAUAAUAAAAAGGAAUCGAGCGACUAGCGUGUGCGUGUACAUAGUUAACCCUGUAUAUAGUUUUUAGAUUUAAAUUAAAUCCCGGACUCUUCAUAGGCACCUACUCACUCGAAUUCAGGUAGCUAGCUAAAUAGUAUCUUGUAUCUUUAUAAUUUACAUGUAACACAACGUUGAAUCUGUGUACCCCGCGAGUGUAGGGGCGCGCGGACCAACCGCGAAGAGCCCCGCGCGCCUCCACGGAUCGUACGCGUACCGGGCGCCCUUGUCCUUCCAUACUGCUCUUAGAUUUAUACCUAAUUUACACUGGAUAUUAACGUCUAAACGCUACACUAUCAUCUACAC